CAUAUUCAUUCUGAUACUCAGAAGACAACCGGUAUGGCAUGAAAUCUAUGGAAUUGACGUCCGGUUGAUAUGAUAUGAUAUAAUAUGCGCGGAAAGACAUUGGUGGAUUUGAGAUACCGAAUAGCCACUACAACCAACAAGUGGCUGAGGGGCGAUUUUUUUUUUUGAUAAUGAAGAUAUGAUGAGAUGGGGAUCCUGAGUAUAUUCCUUAAUAUUUCUUUUUUUCCUUUUUUUGUUAUCUUCCAGCUUUGAACUAACUGACGAGGUAAUAGGAUUCUAUAUCUCCGCUUGCCACCAGGAUAAUAGUUAUAGGAGCUAGAUUUAUGGUUUAUGGUCUUUUUCUGGCAAUACUAGCUGCUAGAAUUUCUCUUUAUUCGCCCUCUUACAAACAAAAUUGAAGAGCUACAAUCAAUAGAACCAUGUCCAACAAGUACAUGCGCGCUACCGUCUGGGAAGGGAAACCCUACCAUAUGACAGUGAAAGAUUGGCCGAUGCCGAUAAUUCGAGAUGCUCGAGACGUCAUCGUUCGACUUACCACUGCUGCGAUCUGCGGGUCGGAUUUGCAUGAUUAUCACGGUCGUCUUGGUAGUAAGAAUCCCCCGUGGGUGAUGGGUCAUGAGGGAGUGGGGAUCGUCACGGAACUUGGUGAUGCGGUCUCUUCGCUGAAGAAGGGGGAUCGUGUUAUCGUCUCGGCGGCUCCGGCUUGCGGCUUCUGUAACAAUUGCGUGAUGAACAACUUUUCUUACUGUCUGAAUGUCAAUCCUCCGUCUGAGGGAGGUCUGUUUGGGGAGGGCGCUGAUUUCGGUAACGUCCAUGGCCAUUUUGGAGGCACUCAAGCGGAAUAUAUACGAGUACCAUUUGCAGAUGAAAGCUGCAUCCUCCUUCCGCAUGGGAAGGAUAAGGAGGCUGACUUUGUGAUGGUCAGUGACAUCUUCUGUACAGCCUGGUGGGGUCUCGGCUCCUCUGGUUUCCGGGCUGGUGAAUCGGUUGCCAUCUUUGGUGCUGGUCCAGUUGGUUUGCUGGCGGCACACAGCGCUGUUCUACAGGGUGCUCGCGUGGUUUAUAGUAUCGACCAUGUGGAUGCUCGUCUUGCGAAAGCUGGAUCCAUCGGCGCUGUUCCCAUCAACUUCACCAAGACCGACCCAAUCGCGGAGAUCAUGAAACGUGAGCCCCGAGGCACGGACCGUAGCUUAGACUGCGUUGGAUUCGAAUGCUUGAACGCUGAACUCAAGGCUGCCCCCGGCUAUGUCAUCUCACAGUGUAUCUCCGCGACUGCUCCCGGCGGUGGCAUCGGCAUCGUAGGUAUCUAUUGGCCCUCAACCGGUCCAACUGCUGGGGCACCGUACUCGGAUCCAGCCCUGAACACAUUCACUGUUCCUGUUGGAGAACUCUGGAUGAAAGGUCUCACCGUUGGCACUGGAAUUGCCGAGAUUAGAAGAUUCCAAACUCUUCUCAGAGACCUGAUUGCAAGCGGCACUGCAAAUCCGGCGUUCAUUGUCACCAAGGAGAUAGACAUUGAAGGAGUCCCUGAUGCAUACCGGGAGUUUUCUGCACACAGGCAGACAAAGAUCCUGAUUCGAUUCCUGUCAAUAGUUAUCUUGUUUUGA